AUGAACACAACACUGGUGGAGCAGACUGGGAACGGAAGCUUCUGCAGUCCGAUAAAUCCGUCAGCAGAAAAACUUGCAAAAACAGUAGCUUACUGUCUGAUCACUGUUGUUUCGUUGGUUGGAAAUUCUCUUAUCGGAAUAAUUGUCUACAAAACACCAACUUUAAGAAAACCGAUUAACCUAUUGAUCGUGAACAUGGCCACGUCAGAUUUGCUUUUUCCAGUAAUCCUAUUUCCUAUUCGCCUGGCAGAGUUGCACGUUUGCUCUUGGCCCAUUAAUGGUGGCCUUGGUCAGGCCUUGUGCAAGCUACACGUUUUCCUUGCAGAUGCCUCCACGUCAGUUUCGAUUCAGAGCCUGGUUCUAAUAACAGUCGAUCGAUUUGGAGCGGUUGUAUUUCCACUACGUUCUCCUAUCGUCAGUCCCAAGCUCUGUGCGUUCUUUAUUCCUGUCACGUGGAUUGUUGCAAUGACGAUAGUAUCGCCAUACUUGUUUGCUUUCCAACUAGUUGAAGACCAAGAAGGAAUAGUGUGCGAGCGUCAGUGGCGGGAGGCCUUUGGAGAGAAAAGCUCAUAUGCCAUUUAUUUUCUAAUAAUAGCUAUUGUGUUCGUUUACAUCCCUACCGUCCUUUUGGCUGCAUUUUACUCCAUAAUCAUGAUCAAGCUUAAAAAACAAGCUCAUCCAGGUGAACAGUCAGCCAACGCCGAGGAACAGCGGACAAGAAGAAACAGAAAUGUCCUUAAAAUGGCUAUUGCUAUCGUUGCAGUGUUUUUCAUUUGCUGGAUACCCUUUUUCAGUACCCAGUUAAUGUUUUAUUUUACAACGGACAGUUCCAUUAGGUCGUGCUGUAGUCUAAUCGAUACUGUCACCCUCUUUAUGGCUUACGCAAACUGUGCUAUCAAUCCGAUUAUCUGCCUCGUUUUCAGUAGUAAUUAUCGCUAUCGUAUUAAGAGACUCUUAACUUGUGAGAGUGUUGCAGUACAAGGUUAA